GUCUCCCUCUUGCUUGCUAGCUGGACGCUUAAACCCUCUCCCAACUCUCGAGCUAGCUGGUGCAUUGUCGUCUCUUCUCCAACAGCCAGCACGCGUAGAAGUACAACGACCAUGGGAGAAGUCGCCGCCGAGCUGCUGUACGCCAUGGCGCCUCUGGCUCUCUCCAGCGGCGGCGCCGAGGUCGCCGGCAGCUGCGCGCCCCUGCUCGCGGAGCUCAGGCAACUGUGGGGGGAGAUAGGCAAGAGCCGGGAGGAGCGGGAGCGGAUGGUGCACGAGCUGGAGGCGGAGUGCACGCGGGUGUACCGCCGCAAGGUCGACGAGGCCACCGGCGAGCGCGCGCUGCUGCACCAGUCGCUCGCCGCCAGCGAGGCCGAGAUCGCCGCCCUCACCGCCGCCCUCGGCGCCGAAAACUCCACGCAGUUCAAGGUGAACAAAUGGACCGUGUCGCUGAACGAGCGGGUGUCAUCGGCGACGGCUCUGCUGGAGGAGCUGCGGGCGAUGAGAGCAGAACGGAGCAAGCAGUUCUCUGACAUCCGGUCGGAGAUCGAGAAGAUCAGCGCCGAAAUCGCAGGGCGGAGCCACGGCCAGGACACCUCCCCCAGGGCCGGCGACGGCCAUGACCUCACCAUCAGGAGGCUGGGCGAGUACAGGGCACGCCUGUCCACUCUUCAGAAAGAGAAGUCGGAGCGUCUGCACAAGGUCCUGGAGCACGUGACGGAGGUGCACUCGCUGUGCGACGUGCUGGGCGAGGACUUCAUCGCCAUCGUGAACGAGGUCCACCCGGGCCUGCACGAGGCCGACCCCGGCAAGCCCACCAGCAUCAGCGACACCACGCUCACCAGGCUCUCCCAGGUCGUCGCCAUGCUCACCUCCGAGAAGGCCAAGCGAGCAGCCAUGCUGCGGGAAGCCGUGGUGCCGCUGGUGGAGCUGUGGGACCUGAUGGACUCGCCGGUGGAGGAGCGGCGGGGCUUCCAGAAGGCGGCGGCCGUCCUGAGGCCCGCGAAAGAGGAGGUCCUGUCCUCCGGCGUGCUGUCCAUGGCGAGCAUCAAGAAGACGGAGGAGGAGGUGGAGAGGCUGACGAGGCUCAAGGCCGGCCGGAUGAAGGAGCUGGUGCUCAAGCGCAGGCUGGAGCUGGAGAACAUCUGCCGGAGCAUGCACGUCGAGCCCGACGCCAGCACCGUGCCCGAGAAGUCCAUCGCGCUCAUCGACUCCGGCCUCGUGAACCCUUCUGAGCUCAUGGCCAGCAUCGACGACCAGAUAGCCAAGGCCAAGGAGGAGCAUCAGUCGAGGAAGGACAUCAUGGAGAAGAUCAACAAGUGGCUGCUGGCCUGCGAGGAAGAGAAAUGGCUCGACGAACACAACGUGGAUGAGAACAGAUUCAGCACCGGCAGGACCGCACGUCUGAACCUGAAACGCGCCGAGAAAGCCAGGGUCAUCAUCAUGAAGAUUCCUGCUAUUGUUGAUAACCUGAUGAGUCGAACGCUGGCAUGGGAGAGCGAAAGGAAGAAGCCUUUUCUGUACGACGGGGCUCGCCUAGUGGCCGUGCUGGAAGAGCACAAGCAAGCCAGGCUGAGGCAGGAGGAGGAGAGGAGGCGACUCCGGGAGCAGAAGAAGCUGCGGACCCUGUUCAGCGAGAAGGAGACGAUGCCGCGCCUGAAGAGGCCCAGCGGCAGCGGUGGCUUCAGCAGGACGCCGGAGCCGAGCAGCAUGAACCGGAAGAGGGUCGACGCCGGCAGGCUCACGUGCUCCGCGCCGUCCAUGCGCAGCAGCAGCAGCGGCUCCAGCUGCGGCGGCGGCGGCGGUCGUUCCUCGGCCGAGCUCGACAGGCCGCGGUCGUCGGCCGCGGGGGCCGGGCGCUGCGGCGAGCUCCUGCAGGGCGCGCGGCGGCUGUCGGCGUCGUCGUCGUCGUUCAACUACGUCGCCGUGGCCAAGGCCGGCGGCAGCAUGUCUUCGUCGCUGGCGUCGCUGUCCUGAGCUCACCGGGCCGAUCGCGGCCGCUGCUCCCACAUUUUUUCUUCCUUUUUUUCGUUCUUUGAUGGUAGGGGAAAUAGCAUGGCGGAAAAGAAUUUGGUAUCUUGUGUGUUUUCGAAUGAUGCUGUUGUUUUGCUGCCGGAAGAUGUUGAUGCGAUUCAUGUUUCUUUUACGGAGUGGCCGUGUGUAAAUACUUUCACUGGAAGAAAUGACAAUAUUGUGCAACUUUGCCACCCCGA